UAGUCUACUACAUUUCUCCACACGCGCAGCAUUAAAGUCCAGUGUGUGCUGGAUCCAGACAGCGAUAUUGACUACAGUCUGUUAGAAGGGAGUUAUAUUCAAAUUGUGCACUCUUUAUUAGAUACUAUGUGAGCGUUUGUGCCGAACUCCAAAGCGCAUUAUGACUGAAAACAUCCAGAAAUCUGAAAAGAAGCUAGACGGUUAUUAUUUUGUUAGGCGAUAAGAAACUUCAUUCAGUUUUCACCGGAGCCUUGAAAAUGUUACUCUACAGAACUUCGUCAACUUUAAGACUGGUUGCCGUUUUACUGAGUUUGUGGAUUCACCAGAGUACCUGGAAAGCAGUGGAAACGAUUCAUCCAGCAUGUGAUCUGGUGGCUGAACAUAUGAAGGCUCAGGAACAAUGCAUUCAAACACAACAACAAGAGGCCAAAAGCCACAAUAUCACUGGAUGCCGCACUGAGGGAGAUGAAUUUUGGUGCUGGUACAAGGCAGAAGUUGGACAGGUGGUGAAUGUUUCAUGUUCCAAUAUCUCUCAGUUGUUCGCCAAUAACCAGGGUUACAUACUCAGGAAUUGCACUGAAGAUGGUUGGACAAAAACCUACCCAUCCUAUGAGAAUGCUUGCAAGAUUGCAGAGGAUGUGGAAUCAGACACAGGGACCACAUACUAUUCCACUUUCAUGCAGGUGUACACUGCAGGUUAUGCUACCUCUCUGAUUUCCCUAAUCUCCGCCAUCGUUGUGUUUACAGCCUUCAGAAAAUUCCACUGCACCAGAAACUACAUCCACAUGAAUUUGUUUGUGUCCUUCAUCUUGAGAGCAAGUGCGGUCUUUAUCAAAGACGGGGUCCUAUUUGCAGAUGAGAAUCAGGACCACUGCUCCAUGUCAACACCAUCGUGCAAGGCGGCAGUGGCUUUCUUCCAGUUCAGUAUUCUGGCUAAUUAUUUUUGGCUGCUCGUCGAGGGGAUGUAUCUCCAGACUCUUCUAGCCCUUACUUUUGUCUCACAGAAGAAAUAUUUCUGGUGGUACAUCCUUAUUGGUUGGGGUCUUCCAACAGUAACAGUCACCAUUUGGGUUCUGGCAAGGAAUUUUUUUGACAACAGAGAGUGCUGGGAUGACACAGAUAAUGCUUACUUCUGGUGGAUCAUCAAAGGACCAAUCACAGUUUCUCUUUUGAUCAAUUUCUUCAUCUUCAUAAAUGUGAUCCGGAUUCUUGUGCAGAAGCUGAAGUCUCCAGGAAUCGGAGGGACAAAUGAUACCAGUCACUUUAUGAGACUGGCCAAAUCUACUCUUUUCUUGAUUCCUCUGUUUGGCAUGCACUACAUGGUGUUUGCCUUUCUGCCAGAAAACACAGGCGAGAACGCACGCCACUUCCUUGAGCUCGGCCUUGGACCUUUUCAGGGUUUUGUUGUCGCUCUGUUAUACUGUUUUCUCAAUGGAGAGGUACAAGCAGAACUGAAAAAGAGGCUGUGGAAGUGGCAGACGCAAAGUUAUUUAAGAUACAGUAAGAGAAGACGAACCCUCUUUACUGAGAGCAGCACGGUCACACAAAUCUCAGUUUUAGAGAAAUCCAGCCCAAAGGAGCAGCCCUUAGUUGAGCCCCAGAACAGUGUUUCCACGGUCUGAGACAAGGAGAGUGACAACUUUUGAUUUCUUUUUUCUCUAUCUCGCUGUCUUUCGCUUUCAUUUACACUUUUCAACUAAAGGGCACAAGUAGAAAAAAAAAAUACAAUAAAAGGCCUACUCAAUUCAGUGGGGUGCAUGAUCUCUGAAAGCCAAUGUUGAUAUAUGAAAUCACCUAAACAAACACGCUCCUACCCCAAUAGAAUCUGGACCUUAUUUUGAUAGACCCGCCUCACACAUACGCAACCCAGGCAACAGUGUCGGUCAGUAGACACGCCUCUUACUGCUGACUGGUUACAAAUGUGUUUUGGUACUCAGCCCAACUCCCUUUUCCAAAGUGUUUUUCAUAAAUCAUGCACCUCGCCUUUAAGGAUAUAUUUGAAUUUAAUCUAACUCUUAAAAUGAAUUUAGUUGGUGUGACCUCACAAAUAUUUGACCUGAAUGAUGUUACAUGAUAAAACACGUACAGUGAACAUUUUAAGGUUUCUGAAAGUAUCAAAGAUAUUCUCUUUGUUCCACACUGACAAGUUUUCAACCUAAUGAUGAAAGUCCAUUCACUCAUAAUAACAAAGCACAAAAUUACACGAGUUAAAUCACGUUGUUUUUAGCAGGUAGUGAUCAUCAUCUGACAAUGUUCUGUUAUAUAAAUUUAUUUAGUUGCAUAGUUUGUCAUUUCAGACUUUUAGUUGUCUAUUUGCUUGAAAGCGGUGAUCAUUUGAAUGAAUGGAUGUGCAGAAUUGCCUUACAAAAACAAAAGAUUGAUCUUACUUUGGAUUCUCCAUUUAUAAUAGCUAAGACAUAUUUUCAUAUUCAUAAAGUCAUAUUCAUAAUAUUUUUGUAAAUUGUGUUGUAAUGCAAUAUAUUGCACAUUGCACUCGCCCUAUACUAAAGUAUUAAAUUGCGACAGCCAGGGCAUUCUUAAAUAACAUGUAUUUUCAAAAUAUUUAUUAUGAAUCAAAAUUGAUAAAGCCAAUGUUCAUAAUACUGACAUAUCACCUUCAUAAUCAUAACAUGACGUGCUAUGAACAUGAAGGAGACUUUAUGCAUGAUUAUAACAACUGUCAUUAAGUGUCAUUCAUUCAAUUAUGUCAUUUUUAAUGCAAAUAUGACAUUGUUUGAGAUGUCUUUGUUAUGAGAUGACAUUAACCAAUACAUCAUAACUUGUCAUGACAACUUGACAUUAACCAAACCAAAACAUAACUGACCACGUUUUACCAGUGAUACAAAUUGAAUUUGUCAUUAAAAUGUUAUUGAGUGUUAAUACUCUGUUAUAUAGUUUUAUAAAAGCAUCAUAAAUAUUUUUCUUGACCUCAACUACAGUGGUACAAAUAUAAUUUGUCAUUAACCUGAUAAGGAACACUGUGACGUACACGGUACACCCCCUCUCUUGCACGUGAGGCUGCAUUAGGUCAUUGUAACUUUGAAGCAUUACAUCUUAAAAUAUAUACGGUCAUGCGGCACAUCGUUGUAAAGCUUAGACUUUCGGGAUUCCGUUAAGCGCACGCACAAAGCAUAAUAUGAUUUUUAGCAGUCAUGAAACUGUAAUCUAGUUGUUACCUGAACCGGGCGGCGCCGAUAUAGGAUAUUUACUUACCUUCAAAAUCUUCCCUUUAUCUGCUUCAGUGAAAUUGUCCAAAACAAAUUGUUCAUAAAUCCCCAAAAGUCCAAGGAAAUGGAAUAUCCAAGCCUUUUAAUCCAAAACGAUUUGUUCAUCUCACAAUCUUGACGUUUCUGACCGAAUUACGAUAUAAAUAGUGUAUAGAGACAGA